UCCUCCCCCGGCUCGGCGGCUUUGUUCGCUUGCAAGCGGCGGGGUCUGCGCCGGGGCCGCCGUCGCCGCCUCUGCCCGGCGAGCUGCGCCGAGAGCCGGCGGGGGCGCGGCCCUCAGCCGGGAGGGGCGGGUCGGGCCGGGCCACGCGGCUCCUCCCCCGCAGCUGCUGCUGCCGCCGUUGCUGCCCCGGGUACGGGCCCAGCCGGCAGCCCAGCGCCGUGGCAAGUUUGCGGGAAGCAGCAGCAGCCGAGGGCCGCGGAGGCAGCAUGGCUGGCGGGACGAGCUCCGCGCUCUCGGAGUCAGGCUGGUAUCUUUCAGAUGAAGGAAUUGAAGCUUGCACAAAUUCUUCUGACAAAGUCAAUAUAAGUGACGUUAUCCUGAUUGCCCUUAAUACAGAUUUAAGAACUAUUGGCAAGAAAUUCCUCCCCAGUGACAUCAAUGGUGGAAAGGUGGAAAAGCUGGAAGGCCCAUGUGUCCUGCAGAUACAAAAAAUACGCAAUGUUGCUGCACCAAAGGAUAAUGAAGAAUCUCAGGCUGCUCCCAGAAUGCUGCGUUUGCAGAUGACUGAUGGACACACAAGCUGCAUAGCAAUAGAAUAUAAUUACAUGUCAAAAAUAAGCCUGAACACUCCACCUGGAACAAAAAUUAAGCUGUCAGGAAUUGUUGAAGUGAAAAAUGGAUUCCUGCUUUUGGAUGACAGUAACACUGUAGUUCUUGGCGGUGAAGUGGAGCAUCUUAUAGAAAAGUGGGAGUUACAAAGGAGUUUAUCAAAACACAAUAGAAGUAACAUUGGAACAGAAGGUGGACCACCCCCUUUUGUGCCUUUUGGGCAGAAAUGUGUGUCUUCUGUGCAAGUGGACAGCAGGGAACUUGAUCAGAGAAAGACUCUGCAAAUGAUGAGCACUGCUAAGCCUGUUGGAGACAAUGAUGAAUUUGAAAAACAGAGAACAGCUGCUAUUGCAGAAGUAGCAAAGAGCAAGGAGACCAAGACAUUUGGAGGAGGCGGUGGCAGUACUAGAAGCAAUCUUAAUGUGAGUGCUGGAGGGAAUCGAAACAGGGAAGUGUUCCAGAAGGAAAAGAUAACAAAACCUGAGGGAAAAAAUGAAGGUGUCUAUCGUGAACUGGUUGAUGAAAAGGCUCUAAAGCACAUAACAGAAAUGGGUUUCAGUAAAGAAGCAGCAAGGCAGGCACUUAUGGAUAAUAGCAACAGCCUAGAAGCAGCAUUAAAUUUUCUUCUGAACAGCAGUAAACAGAAACCUAUUCAGGGACCACCACCUAGAGGGAAAGGAAAGGGCAGAGGCCGACUAAGACCCGAAGAUGAAGAGGAACUAGGAAAUGCCAGACCUUCUGCACCCAGCACACUGUUUGACUUCUUAGAGUCCAAAAUGGGUACUCUGACAAUAGAAGAACCAAAAUCACAGUCUCAUCCACAGCAUCAAGUACAACACAGAGUGCUCAAUAUAGAGCAAAAUGGCAUAAAAGAUUACAACCAUCCAAGACAUCUUCCUCGAAAUGAUACUAGACAGCCAAGAAAUGAGAAACCCCCUCGUUUUCAAAGGGACAUUCAGAAUUCAAGACAGGUUUUGGAAGGUAGUGGCUUAUCAAGAAACAGAGGUCCUGAAAAACACAGCUCUUUAGGACCAGAGCAAUGGACUGAGGAUAAAAAUAAGUGUGAUAGACCUUAUCCAAGGAACGAUAGGCUAAAGGAUAUUGGUUAUCCCUCAGCCACUCACCAGAGUGAUGUUUCUUUUAAAAAGAGGGAUAAUGCUAUGCAAAACAGACCUGGAAAAGGGGCUGCAUUCAUGGAAUUGAGAGAGAAUUCCAGUGUUCAAGAUACCAUAGAUGAUGAUAAUCAGAAACGAGGAAAAAAGGAAAACCAAAUACAUAAUCCUGACAAUUUUUAUGACAGGAAAACACGAACAAUAAGUAAUGAAACUUUUAGUUUAAAAAAUGAGCAACAUUUUGGAAUGAAUAGUGACUACCAGAAUCCUAUUAGAACUGAUAGUUUUAAUGCUUUAUCAAAUGGAGAUACUGAAUAUCCACAGAAAGGAAGACGAGUAGGACCUAUUAAAUCACCAGGACCCAAUGUUGCUCCACCAUUUGAAGACAAAAUGUUGUAUUAUAACGCUGGUCCCAAAAGGAGAUCUGGGCCCAUCAAACCAGAAAAAACAUUGGAACCAUCUAUUCCUGUGGAGUAUGGUAAAAGCUGGAGGCCAAGGGAUGAAUGUUUUGCUCUUUAUUGGGAAGACAACAAGUUUUACCGGGCAGAAAUUGAAGCUCUUCAUUCUUCUGGAACAACUGCAGUUGUUAAAUUCUGUGAUUAUGGAAACUAUGAAGAGGUGCUACUAAGCAACAUCAGGCCCAUUCACGCAGAGGCAUGGGAGGAGGAGGAAGAUGCUUAUGAACAAACUCUAGAGUUCCGCAGAGGAGGUGAUGGUCAGCCAAGACGGUCCACACGACCAACCCAACAGUUUUAUCAACCCCCAAGGGCUAGAAACUAAUAGGAAAAAUAAAAGCGAAUUUCUUGGGGGGGAGAAGUCAUCAACAGCCUCCCAGUGCUCAAGACUUCUAGAAGAACUUCUGGCUUUUCCUGAGGAACAGGAUACAAGAAAGACGACUAGUGUGAUCAGGAGGAAUCCAGAGCUGAUCAGCACGCGAGAUUUUUUUAAAGUUCUUAGUUGUAUGAAGCAAAAUACUUUUUACAUAUGAAAAAAGCAAAUUGUUAUUGCUCCCAUCAAUAAACCCAUGGUGCACUGUU